AUGAGUAGCAGUGUCCACAAUCGUCGGGGAUGUUCACAGGAGGGUAGCGGUGUUAAUAUAGCACUGUCGGAUAUGGUAGAACAGAUGAGAUACGCGAAUGGAAGGAUGCCGGCAAGGAAAACAACAGGCCGAGGAAGAGGCACAGGAGCAGGACUAGCAGCUGGUCUACUACCGUGGCCUCCGUUCUUGAGAUUUUAUCACUACGCUAGUGGUCUGGAUUAUGCACUAAUCGCUGCUGGAUUACUCUUAGCCAUAACACAAGGCCUAUUCAGCGCGUGCACGUCGGUGAUCUUUAAGGAUCUCAUCGAUGCUUUGUCGGGUGAACAGGCUCUAUUGAAUCAGGGUUUAUCAGCCGCCGCCCACGGUUUCUUAUCAUGUCAAGAGAAUGCUUUAACGGCCAUCUACACUUAUGUGGGUUGUGGGAUUGUGAUACUACUCGUUGCAUUUGUACAGAGUAUGUGUUGGAAGUACGCGUGUGAACGUCAAAUUGAUAAGAUCCGUUUGCUGUACUUCAAUUCAUUGCUGCAGCAGAGCUCAGCAUGGUACGACGUCUACGAUAAGGAAACCAUUUUCGAUACGUUCUCGAAUGGUAUCGAUAAAAUCAAAGACGGUAUGGGUGAUAAAAUUGGUAUAGUGAUCGCCUAUACGGUCAAUUUUAUCGCCUCAAUAGUGAUCGCAUUCUGUUUCAGUUGGAAAAUGGCACUGCUUAUGAUCGGUUUCGGAAUACUUUUGACUGGACUUAUCGCAGUCUCAGCUCAGUUAGCCUCAAACACAACCUCUAUGGAGGCUUUCGAAAUAAACGCAUCGAAUGCGAUUCUACAGGAGAUUUUUGGAGCGAUACGAACCGUUAUCGCAUAUAACGGUCAGGAACGUGAGAUUAGAAGGUACAGAAGUAAAAUGGAUCGUGCCAUCGGUUUUGGUAUCCGGAGAUCAUUUAUGAUCGCUCUGGGGACGGCAUUCGUCUAUCUGCUUGUCUUCAUUGCGAUGUCGGUGUUCUUUUGGUUAGGUGCCCUAGUGAAAUCACGUAAUCAGAUCAGUGUAGGCCACGCUUUCGGCACUUUUUGGGCGGUUAUGAACGCAGCUAUAGCGGUUGGUAAGGCAUCUACACAACUGCCAGCAAUAAUCGGUGUUCGACUGGCAGCAGUGCGUAUCUUUGAUACGAUUGAUUUGGGAAAUGCCCGAGAAGCAAAAAGAGAACGUGGAGCUCAGUUGGACAAUGUGGAAGGGGUGAUCGAAUUGCGUAAUGUCAUCGAUUUGUAUCCAGUGGAUAGGCGGGUGCCAGCCCGAUCUUCAAUAGCCAUCGUAGGCCCACCAGACAGUGGUGUGGACGCAUUGUCCGCUCUCAUUCUGCGCUUUCGUGAACCUGAAUCAGGCGAGGUUUUACUCGAUGGCUUUCCGAUUAGACGUUUCAACAAAGUCUGGUUACGGCAAACAAUUGGUUUGAUCUCAAAUGAACCGACAAUUUUCGAUGGAACGGUCGCUCACAAUAUACGAUUGGGACGUGACGAUCUGAACGACAACGACAUGAAAUUGCUGUGUCGACACGCUAAUGCACACAAUUUCAUUGAUGAAUUACCUCAGGGUUAUCUGACAGAGGUGGGCAUGGGCGGUGUGCAGCUGUCACCGGAUCAAGCGAUUCGGCUUGCGAUCGCUCGUACGAUCAGCCGAGAUCCUAGGGUGCUACUCAUUGAUCAGACAAAACCGGUGAAAUUUGACGAGUAUAGCGGUGUUGAGAAUGUUGUGUUGGAAGCGAUUGAGAAGGCAUGUCAUGGUCGAACCUGUAUCACAUUCUCACAUCGUAUUGCACCGAUUCGUUCGGCAGACUUUAUACUGGUAAUGAACAACGGUCAGAUUGUGGAAACAGGAACCGAUCAUGAUUUGAUCAAGGCGGAUGGUGUCUACGCCGCAAUGCUUCGCAAUGAGAUGGUAAAUGAAUCAACAGGAGAAGAUGACGAUGGAGGAGAACGUUCCAUUGAUGUGGCAAAAUUGAGGAUGAGACGUGAGCAAGGGCAGAGUUCACAAACACAACCAGUGGUGCCGCAAUCGAAUGGCUCAAUCCGAAGUAUGGUCCGUUUGUCAUGGUCGCUGGCCGAUUUAUCCGAGCCGGAGAAAGCUGUCGAGGAUCUGAAGGAUGAUGCUCAACGGCAAAAAUAUCAACCGGCCAGUUUCGGAAAUAUCCUGGCGUAUUGCCGUGACGAGCGCGCUCUGUUGAUAUGCGCCAUGAUCGCAGCCACUCUAAAAGGCCUCAUCUUCCCGAUUUUCUCUAUCAUUUACGCAUCUGUCUUCUGGUCUCUAUCGCAAGCAGCACCAUCGUUGGUGUUGAGCUCAGUACGCAUCGAUGCGGUGCUCUUCUUCGUAUUGGGCCUGUUCGCUGGGCUGUUCGCGUUCGUCGAGUCGUUCCUGUUCGGUUGGAUUGGUGAUUUGAUAUCCGUGAAAAUACGCUAUCAGCUACUGUUUCAAAUUCUGCGACAAGACGGUGCCUAUCUGGAUCAAGAGGAACAUGCACCGAGUCGUUUAAUGAUCCUAAUAGCGAGAGAUGUACCAAAAAUACGAUUUGGCUUAGAUAAAGAGGUUGUUGAACCGCACUGCGAUGCCUCACGCGAAAACGGCAUGCUGAAUUACUGGGUAACCUUUGAGUUACCGAAUAUCUGUGGUCUUCAAGAAGGCGCUUGUGGCUUCGCUGAAUUGGCUGCAUACAAAAAUUUCAGACUCGCUAAUGUAAUCCAACAAAUUUGCACGAUUAUCGCUGGUGCUAUUGUGGCGCUCUGCUAUGGCACGGUGCUGGCCGUGUUGGGUAUUGUGCUGUCGAUUAUUUGGGCAGUUGCACAGGGCGUGAUCUCGUUUCUGAUCAAAAUGAACGCCAGAGGUGACGUACGACGGGCCUACUUUCCCGCACGGUUGGUUGUUCAAGCGGUCGAAAAUCAUGAAGCUGUGAAAAGCCUGAACCAGCAGCAAUACUUUUUGGAGAAUUUUCACGAUAAUAUGGGUACUUUGGAAAGGCCGAGAUUGAUCAGAAUGAUCAUGGAAUCGUUGAGCACUGCACUGCAAGUGUGCUUCGCAUUCAUCAAUUUCGCGUGCUUGUAUCGUCUUGGUGUCCGACUGAUCGAAAUCAGCCAAUACAGUCCAUUUGAGGUUUUCCAAGUAGUUGAGGCUUUGAAUUGCGCAUCGAUGAGUCUGUUUGCAUUUCUCGUGUUCGUACCCGAGUACGUGCAUGCACGUUACAGUGCUGGACGAAUCUUUCAAAUGCUACAACAGAAACCGCUAAUUGACUGUUAUGCAGAGACUCCGAAGCGUUUUGAUAUAUUCGGAGAUAUGACUGUGAAUCAGUUGCAAUUCGCGAAACCGUGCGAACCUGAUAAGCUGAUUUUGCGCUCUGUUUCCACAACGAUUCCUCAGGCAACCACCACUGUGUUUACUGGACCAAAGGGCUACGGGGGUGCGGCACUGAUUCAAAUCAUUGCGAGAUUCUACGAUCCAACCGAGGGUACUAUUAAUGUCGAUUGUAUGGACUUGCGUGAACUGCAUAUACGUUAUUUGCGGUCACAAAUGGCACUGGUUACAGCAGAACCAUGCCUGUUCAACAGUCUGUCGGUUCGGGAGAAUAUUGCUUACGGAAUCGAAGGUGCUUCUGAUCAACUCAUACAGGAGGCUGCCCAACGUGCCAGUGUUCACGAUUUCAUACAAUCGCUACCAUAUAGAUAUGAUACGAGAUUAUGCGAUGAGCAUGUCGUGUGUUCGAUCGCCCAACGUCAGAAAAUAUGUUUGGCACGUGCAAUUAUUAGAGAUCCAAAAGUUUUACUGCUGGCCGAUGUGACCAGCAACGUAGAAGAGGACGAGCUAGCGGAUGUUCAACUUGCCAUCAACAGUGUUAGACGUGGUCGUACCUGUGUGAUCGCCACUGAGCGUAUGGAAGAGACGGAUAUGGGCACUAUAAUUGUGGUGAUGCGUGAUGGGCGUUUGUUGGAGCAAGGCACCCAGGAGCAGUUGCUAAACAAGAACGGUCUCUAUCGUCAACUGUAUGCACAGUCACAACCAUCGGGCACUAAAAUCGUCGAAUAUUCUCGCCAAAACUACAACAAUUCAACGGCAGAAUCCCUUAGGAACUCUUUCAGUAAGCCAGGCAGCACUAAACAACCGGAAAACUACCACUAUCCUGAAUACAAUCCAAAAGCGGCUAGCAACGAUGGUGUUGGUAGUGUCGUGGGUAUUGAGUCGAUUGAAAACAAUGCCUGUGCGGGGAAUGAGACUUUGGGCAUUCCUCCGGAAAUGAAACAGACAUUCUAUGAUAAGCCAUCGGAGCGGGAGCAGCAGUUCUCAAGCAAUUCAGGAUGUCCAGAAUCCGUGGAACAGACCCUUGACAUAUCCCCAGACAUCAAACAGAAGCCAUCAGAGCAACGGCAAUAUGCAGGAUCCACUGAAGUGACCCUAGACCUUUCCCCAGAUAUAAAACUGCAAACAUUCUCUGAAAAAGCCGAGCAGCAACAACCAUCAGAGCUGCAAUACUCUAAACCAGUACAACCACAAAAACCAGAGCAAGACUACAAAGGCGGAUAUCGUGAAUGCACGGAACAAACUCGCGGCGAAUUAUCUCCAGAUAUGAACCAGCAGAUGCUUUUGCAUUCCAAGACACUGGAACAGGAGCAGUAUUCAGAAUCAUGCACUGAUGACAAUCUCAGCUAUUCUUCUGACAUGAAGCAGAUUUCGUAUGAGCGAUCGCCGGAACACUCGUCAGCGGACUUUUCAAACCGAAAAGAGUCAUUCUUCGACGCACCUUUGGAUCAAUAUCCUAAAUCACAACAACACGACAACUAUCAAUAUGCCAGUGAACAGAGUAUCCGCCUUGCAUCCCACAUGAAACCGUAUGAAGAGGAGGACGAACAACCUAGUGAACGACAACAAUUGCUGCUACAAGAGUACCCCGAAUCCGGUUCUGAGUUGUCUACUGCUUCAAAUCAAAAACCAGCGGUUUUGCCUAAACCAGCGGUUUUACCCAAAUCAGCGGUUUCACCUAAACUAGCCCAAUCUAAUCAGUUAGAUGCUGACUUCUCAUCUGCUUCUUCAAUUCAAAGACAUUCUGAUCUAUCGCUGGGUCCGAGACGUUCUAUCCUACCACUGGAUCAGUUUGAGCUGGAGGAUGACGACGAAAUGGGUGGUUCGAUUUGA